UUGUCGCGUCUUCCCUUAUCCCAGACGCGUCUCGUACAACAAUUUUUGAGAUUGCAGGGAAAUUAGAGUUAUAUUUCGAUUUUUAUGGGAUUCAAGUCUGCUGCGAGUUGCCAAUUCUUUCUCCGACAAGAUGGAUUCUCCUGCAUCAAGGCCACUUCCCACUGAAACGCCCAAUGCUGGCGGAAAUGAAUUCGAUGAUCUUGAUGACCUUUUCGAUUAUGAUGCUGGAGAUACGAAUGAUCCUUUCAGCGAGAAAUACGUGGUUCCCGGAAAUAAAGAUAAAGAGAAGGGCAAGGAAUCAGCAGGCAAUACAAAAAGUGGCGCAGGAUUGGGCAUUGAUGAGGAGAUUGAAGUCACCAAAAGGCCUCGAGUUCCCCGAGUGAAACUCGAUGAGCACAAGUACGUUCAAUUGUCUAACAUUCAGACCUUAGGAUACUGAUACGAAUCCUAAGACUCCUAUCUUCUGCAGGGAUACCAAAAUUACGAAAAAAAGCCGCAGAUCAUUUGAAGUUCAAGGGCAAAGGCCAUGAGGUGUGUGUGAUAAAGGUCUUAUAAACAUUGGCUUCAUACUCACAGAAUAAUAGUACUCCGAUGCGGCCCGACUCCUUGCAUUUUACCAACUCUGGCUCGACGAUCUAUUUCCAAAAGCAAAGUUUGCUGACGCAUUAGCCAUGGUUGAAAAGCUAGGCCACAAAAAAAUGAUACAAUCUGCGAGAAUGGACUGGAUUAAUGAGGGGAAACCCAAAUCUUCGGAGCAUGAAGACUCCCUAUUUGACGAAUCAGGACUCCCUCCACGGAAUGAUAAUGAGCGAGGGAGAACGGCAUCAAGGAUAGCACCGAUCUUUGAAAAUGCAGUGCCUACACGCCCCAAAACACCAGUCCUAAAUCAAGAUCCGGAUUUCGAUGAUAUGUAUGAUGCUACUCCAAGGGUCGUGCGACAACAUCCAGUCCCACAGUCGAAUUCGGUGUUUGGUGGAGGAGAUCAUAGUUUAUUGGGUCCUCAAAAGGUCACCACAACUGAGGAAGAUGCGCCGCCAGACGAUGAUCUUGAAGCAUUACUGGCAGAAGCAGAACAGGAAGGCGGCAACGAAGAAAUGCUAGACGAUGAUCUUGAAGCGCUGCUGGCAGCGGAGAACGAUAUGAAUGCCCCUGCUCGCCUUGAAAAACAACACACAGAGAAAUCCGUACAAGCGGACGUCGAUGAUAUAGAUGCUAUGGAAGCUAUGGCUGAUAUGGAUUUUGACAUGGACAUGAACGGAGGAUGGUAAAUAGGUUUUGGCCGGCGUUAAGAUGUACAAUGACAGCAUUAUGGGGCGUUGUGGUAACCUGAUGAUUUAAGCAUUUUGUAUGAAAGUCAUUAUCCCGACAAUCAAACAGCAAGAGGUUGUUUGGAUUCCAUACUCAAACUAGCCCGUUAAAUAAUAUGACAUUGAAUGAUUAAUGACGGGGCUAAUGUAGUCAGCACUAGGUUUUUGGCCGUCAAUCCAUCAAUGAAUGUUUACGGAGUAUGUGUGGAGAAAACAAUAAGAAAUUGGUUUUAAUAU